AUGAUCACCUUGUCCUUCACCUCAAUCGAGUACAAAGAGAGGUGUUUGUUGAAGAAGAUGAAGGUAGUACAAUAUUAUUAUCGGUACGACCUCAAGAAUCUGAAGAAGUUACGAAAGAAGCGUGCUCAAAUCCUGAAUGAAACUGGAGUUUGGAUUGGUACUAAAGAGAAAACGACUGCUGGUAAGUAGUAAACAUUUAUAAAUUGGGAAUGAACAUUUUGAGUUUAUUGUAAAAACUAACUAUGCUCUUCCAUUAUAUAAAAGUCUAUUUAUGUGUUAUAUUGUAGUAGAUAACUGCUAAAACUUUAGAAGAAUCAAAAAAGAAUCUAAGGCAAAGAAAAGCUGAAGGUGAUAAAGCAACCAGUAAGAAGCUACCAGUAAAAGAAGUAAGUUAUUUUGUAUUUUUCAAUAUUUAAAACUUCUCAAACAAUUUUUUAUAAUUUUUUAAAAAAGAAGAUAACGUAAAUUAACGUUCAAUUUGAUAUUGUUGUAGCCAGAGAAGGUAGAGAAGGUGGAGAAAGAGAAAUCAGUUGAACAAGUCCAAACUCAACCAGCCAAACCCAAGGAAACGUUCAAGUCAUCUUCUUCAUCGUCCAAAAAGAAGGGCGCGUCGAAGGAAUCGAAAGAAACUUCCAAAUCUAAGGAAACCAAGUCACAGUAG